UUCAAGCAUACCAAAUUAACUAUAAUAUUCAGUUUCUAGCUUCGAUGACUUGACUUAAUCGUUUCCAUGCAUAUUCCCGAGCUCAAGACAGACAAAAGAUAUCGUGUAUAUAUACAGAGAAGCAAAGGUUUAUUAUGAGCAAGCUACGAGAGAUUGAUUUCAUAUUCCUAGACAUCAUCUCUCUUCAAUUAUCAAAGUCCAUAUAAUUUUCCGAAAAUGCCGGAGAAAGUUGUAUUCAAGUUGGAAGCUUUUGAGGAAAGAAUCAAACGGAAAGCUAUGAAAGUUGUAUGCGACUUUCCAGGCGUUACUUUGAUAGACGUGAAGGAAAAAGGUGAACUAAAGGUGACUGGAGAAUUUGAUAAGUUUGAAAUGACGAAGAAACUGAAGAAGGUAUAUGAAUUUGUUGACAUUAUGGCGAUUAAACCGGACGGAGAACCGGCGCAAAAUAAGAAACUGGUUAAAAAGCCUGAACCAAAAGUUAAGAAAGCACCAUCUUUCCGCGGUUGGAAGUUGGCUUUGUUUAAGUAAUUGGUUUGAAGUCGUGAUCGGUUUGAUUUCCAUGGACUACUAGUGUAUUCUAAUAAUAUUUCAUCUCAUUUUCUAAAAAUUUGUUUGUCCAUCAUUUGUAAUAAUAAAUUACGGUGUGCUUAUAUUCAUAAUGGCCUUCUACUA